UCCUUGCCCUCUCAGGUGACGCCAUCUUGGGAUCUUCCGAGCGGGGAAGCGGCGUCUCCGGUCCGGGCGGUGCCAGUCCGAGAAUGAUGUAGUUUCGAGGUCCGGAGUUCGGAGUGUAAUUCAAGUUCGGGGCCUCGGCUAGGUGACGACUCUACCUCGCUGCGUGGAGUUGGCGAGGGGGAAAACAAUGCCUGCCGGUGCCGCGCACUGAGCCCGCCCCCGUCCUGGCCGGGCGCCGAUCCCCGGUGAGUCCCCGCUUGGCCCUCGGUGACCGCCCGCCACCCUUGAAGCGAUGCGGCUGUGAGCGGACGUCGAACGCCCGAGCUGAGAGGAGGUCCAGCAAGUAUCCUGACAGCAGGAAUAUGGAAUCUCUACCUUUUACCUAGAGUCAUUUGCUGAAUGUCAGUAAUUCAGCUUCAGUUAUGGGUUGCAUAAAGAGCAAGGAGGACAAAGAGCCAGCUAUGAAGUAUAAACCAGGUGACACUGCUGGAACUGUUGCUGCAAAUAUUACUCAGUAUGGUCCUGAUCCCACCCAAAUGACACAAUCGCCAGCAUUAAAAGGACAAUCUGGGAACUUCAACAAACAUUCCAUAACACCGUUUGGUGGAUCAGCUGGAAUGGCACCAUUUGGAGGUGCUUCUUCAUCAUUUACUGUUGUUCCCACCCAGUACACAAGUGGUGUUACAGGUGGUGUAACAAUAUUUGUCGCUUUGUAUGAUUAUGAAGCAAGAACAACAGAAGACCUGUCUUUCAAAAAGGGCGAAAGAUUUCAGAUCAUAAACAAUACAGAAGGUGACUGGUGGGAAGCCCGAUCUAUCACUACAGGAAAGAAAGGCUACAUUCCUAGUAAUUAUGUGGCUCCUGCUGACUCCAUCCAAGCAGAAGAAUGGUAUUUUGGUAAAAUGGGCCGUAAGGAUGCUGAGCGAUUGCUAUUACAUGCAGGAAAUCCACGUGGAACAUUCUUGGUUCGUGAGAGUGAAACCACGAAAGGUGCAUAUUCCCUUUCAAUAAGGGAUUGGGAUGAAGUAAAAGCUGAUAAUGUCAAACACUACAAGAUCAGAAAACUCGACAGUGGCGGUUAUUAUAUUACAACAAGAGCACAAUUCGAGUCACUACAGAAGCUGGUGAAACACUACACAGAUCAUGCAGAUGGCUUAUGCCAUAGAUUAACUACUGUGUGCCCUACUGUGAAACCACAAACCCAGGGACUAGCUAAAGAUGCAUGGGAAAUUCCUCGGGAUUCCUUGCGUCUGGAAGUUAAACUUGGACAAGGUUGUUUUGGUGAAGUUUGGAUGGGAACUUGGAAUGGUACCACAAAAGUGGCAAUUAAAACACUAAAACCUGGUACUAUGUCUCCAGAAGCAUUUUUGCAGGAAGCUCAAAUUAUGAAGAAGUUACGUCAUGAUAAGCUCGUACCAUUGUAUGCUGUUGUUUCAGAAGAGCCAAUUUAUAUUGUAACAGAGUACAUGGCUAAAGGAAGUUUAUUGGAUUUUGUAAAGGAAGGCGAUGGAAAGUCCCUGAAACUUCCACAACUUGUUGAUAUGGCUGCACAAAUUGCUGAUGGCAUGGCGUAUAUUGAACGAAUGAACUACAUCCACAGAGACCUAAGAGCAGCCAACAUCCUUGUGGGUGACAAUCUUGUAUGUAAAAUAGCAGACUUUGGCUUAGCACGGUUGAUUGAAGACAAUGAAUAUACAGCAAGACAAGGAGCUAAAUUUCCUAUCAAAUGGACAGCUCCAGAGGCUGCUUUAUAUGGACGGUUUACUAUCAAAUCUGAUGUGUGGUCAUUUGGAAUUCUGCUGAUAGAGCUGGUUACAAAGGGAAGAGUACCAUAUCCAGGUAUGGUGAACAGGGAAGUUUUGGAGCAGGUGGAACGGGGCUACAGAAUGCCUUGUCCUCAGGGAUGUCCAGAGUCUCUGCACGAGCUCAUGAAACAGUGUUGGAAGAAAGAUCCUGAUGAAAGACCAACGUUUGAAUACAUACAAUCCUUCCUAGAAGAUUACUUUACUGCUACAGAGCCCCAGUAUCAACCUGGAGAUAAUCUAUAAGCCAAGUCAACUGCAGUUGGCUGUUGGUCUGCCAAGAUUGUAGGUGUCUUGCUUCUUGACACAAUCAACACUAUACCCCUUUUGGAAUUGCCACUAUGCAGUUGCACAGAACCACUUCUUGUUUCUUGAACAUGUAUCAUCAUUUGCCAUUUCACUUCAGGGUACUAAGGAGUUUUUUAUGAACACUAGUUGUUUUUAGCCCAUGUUUUUAAAUGUGAAGAGAUACAAUCAUGUAAAACACUAAUCUAAAUAUUAACUAAAAUCCACUAUUUUUGAAAAGGAGUAAAUUUUCAAUGUCUGAUAAGCCUCUUUGGGUUAAGUUUGCCCAGGAUUUUUUUUAAACAUAGGGUGCGUGCAGGAGUUGAUCUAGUUUGGCAGACCUCAGUAAUCAGAUGACUGUAAGCAUGAGUAUUGCACUGUGUUCAAUACUUCUACUGAUGUAACUGGAAAUACAGCAUGAGAUUUUAAAUUUUAUACAUAGUUUGAGUUUAAUUCAGAAAUGCAGGAAAAUAAUGAACACAUUUUGUACUUUAUGAACUAAACUACAAACUCUUAAACUUGAAAUCAUGUAAUAUUAGCUUGGAAAUAGGUUUGGGGUGCUUUUUGAUUUUUGGCAAAAGUUGGUUUCUAAAGAACAAACUUCCUUUAGUGACUGUAAAAGGCUUGGUAUUUAUGAUAUCGCUAUUUUGCUAAAGAAAAUUAGAAAGCAUAAGCAAAGAAAAUAAGCGUAACUUGAAGCUUCAGACAUUCAAACAUAUCGAGCAAUAAUUGACACAGUGUUAUUGCUGCAAUGUGAUAUUGACCAAGAUAGAAACGUCUAUCAUGUGUGAACAGCAACACUAAGUUUAUUAAGGGUAAAUUUAAAAAUGCUAGGACUACAUAGCAUUUCAGUAAGGUUAAUAUAUACUGUGGGAGGAAUGCUGAAAUUUAGUCAUGACCUUAUCAGCACUGAAGCACAAGAUGGGCAAUAGCAUUUUCUGCGUAGUCUAAUUUCCAAAUGUUUACAGAACUUGUUCCAUCCAUGGAAGUUUUUUUCUACAGAGCAUAUCUUCUUAAUUAGUGCCAUCAAUAGUACAUUUUUUCCUUCAAUAUAUUUUGUGAUAGUUUUAAAUCUGUAUGAAAUCAUAGAAUCUCUAAUUUUUGUUCAUAACCUUUUUGAAAAUAGCCAAGCCAGGGUGUUUGUUUUCUGUACUAAUUGCAGAUCUCCUUUGCCAGAAAGCUUUCUAGUGAUUAUUUUCAUUAAUGGACAAAAUCAUUCCUGUAACAACAAUUGUUCAGUAAAUAAACACAAAUUUGUGUUACCACUUUGCUAAAAGAGGAAAAAUGGCUUGUUUUCACUUAUCUUUAUCUUUUUGAUUUCCUGUACCCUCAAACAAAAUAUAAUGCAAUACAUGA